AUGGGGUUAUUCAGAGCCCUUGCUUCCCUCUUAGUCCUAUGCCUGCUGCAGGGCUCCAACGCUUCCCUAGUGCAGCUGAAUGGCAAUGGCUAUGAAGACAUCAUUAUUGCUAUAGACCCUGCUGUUCCAGAAGAUGGAGAGAUAAUUGAACAAAUAAAGGCAAUGGUAACCACAGCAUCUACUUACCUGUUUGAAGCCACGGAAAAAAGAUUUUUUUUCAAAAAUGUGUCUAUAUUGAUUCCUGAGUCUUGGGAGGGAAAUCCUCAAUACAGGAGGCCAAAACAUGAGAGCUACAAACACGCUGAUGUUGUAGUUGCACCACCCACCCUUCCAGGCAGAGAUGAACCUUACACCAGGCAGUUCACAGAAUGCGGAGAAAGAGCAGAAUACAUUCAUUUCACUCCUGACUUCAUUCUGGGCAAAAAACAAAAUGAAUAUGGACCAUCAGGGAGGCUGCUUGUCCACGAGUGGACCCAUCUCCGCUGGGGAGUGUUUGAUGAAUACAAUGAAGAUGAGCCUUUCUACAUCGGCAAGUCAAAGAAAAUUGAAGCCACAAGGUGUUCCACAGGUAUCUCUGGGACAAACAGUGUUUAUACCUGUCAAGGAGGUAGCUGUGUGACUAGAAGAUGCAGAAUAGAUUCUGCCACAAAAUUGUAUGAAAAAGAUUGUCAGUUCUUCCCUGAUAAAGUUCAAACAGAAAAGGCUUCCAUAAUGUUUAUGCAAAGUAUUGAUUCUGUUGCUAAAUUCUGCAAUGAGAAAAACCAUAACCAAGAAGCUCCAAGUCUACAAAACCUGAAGUGCAAUUACAGAAGUACAUGGGAAGUGAUCAGUGAGUCUGAGGAUUUUAACAGAGCUAUGCCUAUGACAGGAUUACCCUCUCCACCUGCCUUCUCCUUGCUGAGGAUCAAUGAGAGAAUUGUGUGUCUAGUGCUUGAUAAAUCUGGAAGCAUGAGUCUUGAAAACCGCCUGAAUCGAAUGAAUCAAGCAGCAAAACAUUUCCUGCUGCAGACUGUGGAAAACGGUUCCUGGGUAGGAAUGGUUCAAUUUGAUAGUACUGCAAACAUUAACAGUGAGUUAAUACAAAUAAGAAGCAACAGCGAAAGAGACACCCUCGUGAAGAGCUUGCCUACACAAGCUAUUGGAGGAACUUCCAUCUGCACUGGAAUUAAAACUGCAUUUCAGGUGAUUAGAAACAAAGACUUCCAAUUAGAUGGGUCUGAAAUAGUGCUGCUGACUGAUGGGGAAGACAGUACAGCAAGCACCUGUAUUAAUGAAGUGAAAGAAAGCGGGGCCAUCAUUCAUUUCAUUGCUCUGGGACCACAAGCUGAUCAAGCAGUAAUACAGAUGAGCAAUGUAACAGGAGGAAAUCAUUUUUAUGCUUCAGAUAAUGCUGAGAACAAUGGACUCAUUGAUGCUUUUGCAGCCCUUACAUCAGAAAAUGCUGAUCCCAGUCAGAAGUCGAUUCAGCUUGAAAGUAGAGGAUUAAAACUGAACGAUAAUGCCUGGAUGAAUGACACCGUGGUAAUUGAUAGCACUGUGGGAAAGGACACGUUCUUUCUCAUCACCUGGAUGGUGCAGCCUCCCAGUAUCUCUCUCUGGGAUCCCAGUGGAACACUGACAGCAGGUUUCGCUCUGGACUCUGCUUCCAGAAUGGCCUAUCUCAGUAUCCCAGGAAAUGCACAGGUGGGCACUUGGACUUACAGCCUUCAAGCCAAAGCGAACUCAGAAAUACUCACUAUUACAAUAACUUCUCGGGCAGCAAAUUCUGCUGUGCUUCCUAUCACAGUGAAUGCGAAAAUGAAUAAAGAUACAAACAGCUUCCCCAGCCCCAUGAUUGUUUAUGCAGAAGUUCAACAAGGGUUUGUACCCAUUCUUGGAGCCAGUGUGACUGCUGUCAUUGAAUCAAACAGUGGAAACACUGAAGUUCUGGAACUUUUGGACAACGGUGCAGGUGCUGAUGCAUUCAAAGAGGAUGGGGUCUACUCCAGGUACUUUACAGGUUAUUCAGAAAAUGGCAGAUACAGCUUAAAAGUCCAGGCUCAUGGAGGAACAAACACUGCCGGGCAAAGCUUACAGCAUCCACUGAGUAGAGCCGCUUAUAUACCAGGAUGGGUGGUGAAUGGGAAAAUUGAAGGAAACCCACCAAGACCUGAAGCUGAUGAGAAUACUCAGACAAUUUUGGAGAAUUUCAGCAGAACAGCAUCUGGAGGUGCAUUUGUGGUAUCAGAAUUUCCAAGUACUCCCUUCACUGACCCGUACCCACCAAGUCAAAUCACAGACCUGGAUGCCACAUCUGAAGGAGAAGAGAUCACUCUAACAUGGACAGCACCAGGAGAGAAUUUUGAUGUUGGAAAAGUUCAACGAUAUAUCAUAAGGAUAAGUGGAAAUAUGAUUGACCUAAGAGAUAAUUUUGAAGAUGCUCUUCAAGUUAACACUACUGACCUGUUACCAAAGGAGGCCAACUCCAAGGAAGCCUUUACAUUUAAACCAGGAAAUAUCCCAGAGGAAAAUGCAACCCACAUAUUCAUUGCCAUUCAAAGCGUAGACCAAAGCAAUUUGACAUCAGAAGUGUCCAACAUUGCACAAGUGGCUUUGUUUAUUCCUCAAGCAGAUCCUAGUCCUGAUGAAAAUUAUUACUCUGGAGUUAAUGUUUUUGCUGUGGUGUUGUCAGUAGUACUGUCUAUUGUAGUUGUAAGUAUUAUCUUAAGUACCAUUAUUUGUGUCAUAAAAAAGAAAAAAUCUUCAAGCAGACUUGGAACAAAGUUUUAAAGAGCCAAAUAACACAAGUAAAAGAUAUUUUAAAUUCAUCCAGUGAGCUCGUGAAUUAUAAAUAAUAUUAAGAGGGCUAGAAAAGAUAUUUUGGUAUAAAUAAG